CGCAGGCCCGGGCCCCGUCGCUGGUCUCGCGGUGUUUGCGCGUGACCGCUUCCUGCCUUCCUCCCUCGCCAUUCCGCCUGCCUUCCUGCCCUCAGCCCGGCCCGGCCUCUCCUCCUCCCCGCCGCCCCCUCCCCGCAGGGAUAAUAUGGUCUCCGGCGAUGGACGCCCCAGGUGCAGGAUAUCCCUUUGAGUACCUUAUUGAACCAUUAAAUGACAGUUCACAUAAGAAGUUCUUCAAUGUACCUAAACUUGGAGGCACCAAGUAUGAUAUUCUGCCUUACUCAGUACGGGUCCUGCUGGAAGCCGCUGUACGCAAGUGUGAUGGCUUCUUCGUGAAGAAGGAAGAUGUUAUGAACAUUUUAGACUGGAAAACCAAACAGAGCAAUGUGGAAGUGCCCCUUUUCCCUGCCCGAGUUCUUCUUCAAGAUUUUACUGGAAUACCGGCCAUGGUGGACUUUGCUGCUAUGAGGGAAGCAGUGAAAACACUUGGAGGUGAUCCUGAGAAAGUCCACCCUGCCUGUCCAACAGACCUCACCGUUGACCACUCCCUACAAAUUGACUUCAGCAAAUGUGCGAUACAGAAUGCACCGAACCCUGGAGGUGGUGAGUUGCCGAAGCCCGGAAAGCUAUCUCCCCUCAGAGCACAGCCUAAGAAGCUGCCCUGCAGAGGCCAAGCUGCCUGCCGAGGAUCCUGCGACUCUGCAGAGCCAGGCCGCAACUCAGGAACGUUUGCUGCUCAGAUUGAGAACACCCCCGUCCUGUGUCCUUUUCAUUUGCAACCAGUGCCUGAACCUGAAACAGUGUUAAAAAAUCAAGAAGUGGAAUUUGGCAGAAAUCGAGAGAGGCUUCAGUUUUUCAAGUGGAGUUCAAGAGUCUUUAAUAACGUGGCUGUGGUCCCUCCGGGAACGGGAACGGCUCAUCAGGUGAACUUGGAGUAUCUGUCCCGAGUGGUCUGUGCAGAGAAGGACCUCCUCUUCCCAGACAGUGUGGUUGGCACAGACUCUCACAUAACCAUGGUGAAUGGUUUAGGAAUUCUUGGAUGGGGAGUUGGAGGCAUUGAGACAGAAGCAGUUAUGCUGGGUCUGCCAGUUUCUCUUACUUUACCAGAGGUGGUUGGGUGUGAAUUAACAGGGUCAUCCAACCCUCUUGCUACGUCUAUAGAUGUUGUUCUUGGCAUCACAAAGCACCUCAGGCAAGUAGGAGUGGCUGGAAAGUUUGUAGAGUUUUUUGGAAGUGGAGUUUCACAAUUAUCUAUUGUUGAUAGAACUACAAUUGCAAACAUGUGUCCAGAAUAUGGUGCUAUCCUCAGCUUUUUCCCUGUUGACAAUGUGACAUUAAAACAUUUAGAACAUACAGGUUUUGACAAAGCCAAACUCAAGUCAGUGGAAACAUACCUUAAAGCUGUGAAAUUACUCAGAAAUGACCAGAAUUCUUCAGAACCUGAAUACUCCCAGGUGAUCCAGAUUAACCUGAGUUCAAUAGUUCCAUCUGUCAGUGGUCCCAAGAGACCCCAGGAUAGAGUUGCUGUGACAGAUAUGAAAAGUGAUUUCCAGGCUUGCUUAAGUGAAAAGGUUGGAUUUAAAGGAUUCCAAAUCGCAGCUGAAAAGCAAAAUGAUACCAUCUCCAUCCGUUAUGAAGGACGAGACUACCAGUUGACUCAUGGGUCUGUGGUCAUCGCUGCGGUCAUCAGUUGCACCAAUAACUGUAAUCCAUCCGUCAUGCUCGCUGCAGGUCUUUUGGCCAAGAAGGCUGUUGAAGCUGGUCUGUGCGUUAAACCUUACAUAAGAACGAGUUUAUCUCCAGGCAGUGGGAUGGUCACUCAUUACCUCAGCUCAAGUGGAGUGUUGCCAUAUCUUAGCAAGCUAGGAUUUGAAAUCGUUGGCUAUGGAUGUUCAACAUGUGUGGGCAAUACAGCACCCUUAUCAGAAGCAGUUUUAAAUGCAGUAAAACAGGGUGAUUUGGUUACCUGUGGAGUUUUAUCUGGAAACAAAAAUUUUGAAGGUCGUCUUUGUGAUUGUGUUCGUGCCAAUUAUCUUGCCUCUCCACCCUUAGUGGUGGCUUAUGCCAUAGCAGGCACAGUGAACAUAGAUUUCCAGACAGAACCUUUAGGUACUGAUCCUACUGGCAAGAACAUUUACCUACAUGAUAUUUGGCCCACUAGAGAAGAAGUUCAUCAGAUAGAGGAAGAACAUGUUGUAAUAUCCAUGUUUAAAACACUAAAGGAGAAGAUAGAAAUUGGAAAUAAAUGGUGGAAUUCCUUAGAAGCACCAGACUCAGUUUUGUUUCCAUGGGACUUAAAGUCUACUUACAUCAGAUGUCCUUCAUUUUUUGAUAAACUUACCAAAGAGCCGGUUGCACUCCAGCCCAUUGAAAAUGCCCAUGUCUUGCUACACUUGGGAGAUUCUGUUACAACAGAUCACAUAUCACCUGCUGGAAGCAUCGCUAGGAGUAGUGCUGCAGCCAGAUAUUUAACAAACAGAGGCCUUACCCCUCGUGAAUUCAACUCUUAUGGAGCCCGAAGAGGUAAUGAUGCAGUGAUGACAAGAGGCACUUUUGCAAACAUCAAGCUUGUUAAUAAGUUCAUUGGAAAGCCAGCUCCCAAAACAGUUCAUUUUCCAUCAGGACAGACGCUAGAUGUAUUUGAAGCUGCAGAGCUGUAUCAAAAAGAAGGUAUCCCACUGAUUAUUCUAGCAGGAAAGAAGUAUGGUUCAGGAAAUUCAAGAGACUGGGCUGCCAAAGGACCCUAUUUACUGGGUGUAAAAGCUGUUUUGGCUGAAAGUUAUGAAAAAAUACAUAAAGAUCAUUUGAUUGGAAUCGGCAUAGCUCCACUUCAGUUCCUUCCGGGAGAAAGUGCAGACAUCCUGGGCCUCUCGGGCAGAGAGACGUUUUCUUUAACAUUUCCUGAAGAAUUGUCUCCUGGAAUAACAUUAAAUAUAAAGACAAGUACUGGAAAAGUAUUCAGCGUGAUUGCUUCAUUUGAAAAUGACGUGGAAAUAACACUGUACAAGCACGGAGGAUUAUUAAACUUUGUGGCACGGAAAUUCUCCUAGUAUCUGCUAGCCAUGGAUCUUCAGAAACUCUUAACUUUGAAGCCUUCUGUGCUGGACUGGGAAUCCUGGCAUGGAGCUGCAGUGGUCCCAGUGCGCUCACCUCUGUCAUCCGUGGAUGUAAAUGAUUAUGAAUCACAGUAGUGACUGCAAUGAAAUCUUGAUCUUAAAUCAUACACGAAUGGUGCUAUUAACAUUGCUAAAAUCAACGUGUGAUGUGUGUUGUGGAAGAAACCUGUAAGUAUGGGUGGGUAGGGAUAUUUUAUCAGACCAUUUUGUAAAUAAAGGCAGAAUUUGAACUUGUGUUGAAGAUUCUUACAUGAGUAACCUUGUUUGUUUAGUUUUGCACCUAUAAAACUGUACUACUGUUUGUUGGUUUAAGAGUAGCAGAUUGAAAUAUAAGAACCCAGAUUAGACUUACAGUUGUGGAAGUUAGAAUCUGAUUUAUAAAUGGAUUUUUAAGUAUAUCAAUUCCUUUUCAGAAUUGAGCUGGAUACAGUUGGCAUUCUUAGUCUGCCAUAAAAGCCAGGUUUAUCCGUAGUCUCAUUCUAACUAAAGGGAGAGAACCUGCCCCAGAUCACAAUCAUUCUGUGCAGUGCGGCCGAAGUUUCCUCCAAAUCUGCAUGUGGACCAUUGCGGAAUACAAGCAGUUCUGUGGCACAUGUGUUAGCAAUGAAAGGAGGGAUGUCUAUGAUGCAGCACUUAAGUUUUUGGUAGUUUGCCACCGUACCCUGUGGCAAAUCUCAGAUACCAUUUUAUUAAUUGGAUUAGCUUUUUUUUGCCCAUCUAAUGUAAUACUAGAACUUUUGUAACCUAAUUUAGGUAUCACCAACUGACAUUCCACACUCAGCUUGUGGAAGCUAAAGAGAACUUGAAUCAUUAGAUGGUAACCAUAUUUCUUUUAAAUUAUCCACCCUGACAUAUGGAUCUUUACCCAUAAGCAUUUUUUAAAUGUUGCUAUUUGAUUUCCUCUCAUUUCGAAUCAUUGUUUUACCAAGUGUGUGAUUCCAUUAAUUUUUUUAUGGUUUAUUUGGUUUAACCAAAACUGACCCAUAAGUUAAAUUGUUGCUGAGUGUCAGAUGUUCUCAGUAUGUUAUGUGUUUCUAUCAUACUAUUCAAAAUGCUCAUUUUGUCAAGACGUGGGAACUUAUUACAGCAGGUUGGAUAAUUAAUUUCAGAAGCUCCUGUACGUUUUUCAGUUAAGAAAUUAAGCUUCCAGCAAAAGGUUAAGGUAAUGUUUUUGUUUCUGUUUUACAUGGAGAUCUUCAUAUGACCUAGGUAAGGUUUUGCAGUUCAGAAUUAGCUCACAUUGCACAGAAUAAAAAAGUGCUUAUUUUAAGCUAAAAUGCUGAAACUACCAAACCAGUGGGUAAAGACCUGAGAACUUUGCACAUAAUCAGUCGUAGUCUUUUUAAACCAUUUUGUAAAUAUUUAUUUAGACAAUGAAUUGGACUAGAAUUUGACAGUAAUUUCCUGUCUUUAUUUAAAUUUUUUAUGAAUGUUUUCUUUGGUCCUUUCAAAUCAUGUUGUGUCUUGAUACAUGCUGUAUAUCUGUCAGCGCAUGUGUUUAAUUUACAUGAGUUUGUGAUGGAGAAUUUACAGAUUGAAUGUUAAAAUACCUGUUACAUGCUUUGAGGAAAUGAUAAUUCCAGAUUGUAUGGGAAAGAAAAAACUGUUACUUUGAAAGUGUACUCUGUCGUCUGUGGACAUCACACAAGCUGAUCAAGAAGUGGUGAUAAAGCUGUCUAGUGAUGGCUUAAACGUGGACAUUUACAAGUAAACCUGUAUUCCAGGAACAAAAUCGAGGUUCUUUUAAUCUCUUGUUCAUAUACAAUGAACUAGAAGCUUGUGAGUGUGGUUUUAAAUUGUAGGGGAGAGUUGUAGGCUAUGCCCCUGGGUGUGCAUCUUGUAAUUCUGCCUCUCGCCAAAUGCUGCAGAAUUGGCAUUUGUUUUUCACCUCUUUGUUGACUGUAUCUGGGUGAUUUUUUGUUA